CGCGCUACUGGUGGUUGCGGGUUGCGCUCCGAUCCGCGUGCGCGCUUGCUUGCUAGUAAGCGCGGAGGCAGGCAGGCAGCAGGCCACGCUCCCCUCGCAGCCACCAUGCAUAAGCGUCGCCUCCGUCUCUCCUCUCUUCUCCCCUCUCCUCGUAACGUGUCCGCUUCUUCCCCCACCCGUCCCCCACCACCUACUACCCUGAUCUUUUCCCCCACACGCGAGGCGAGAACUUAUAUCACCGGCAAAGGAAGGCAGCCGGGAGCCGCUGCUGCUGCGGUAGCUAGCUUGCUUGCCGUUCGUUCGUGUGUGUGUGCGUGUGCGUAAGCUUAAGAGGUUGAUUGGCUAAGCUAGCAAGCCGGCCGCAUGGCGACUUCCGGCGACGUCGAAGAGGUGCCGGAGCCGGGCAUGGAUCACCCGGCUGAGCCAUGCAUGGGCGUCGGCGGCGACCAGCUGGUGCCGACGACGGAGGAAAUAAGCCUCCCGCUGGCGGCCGAGACGACGUCAGAUCACCAUGAAGCGGCACAGCUGGAGCAGUCCGCGGAGACGUCGACGUCAGAGUCGGAAUCAGAGGAGGUGGCCGCCAAGACGACGUCCGAUUCCAGUGAGGCGGCGGCGGUUAUUCCCAAGCACGCCGCGGAGGGUUCGUCGACGGCGUCAGAGGAGGAGCAGGUAGCGAAGAAGGAGCUGAAGGAAGCCGAGGAGGACGAUGGCCUGCAGGGCGAGAGCGCGCGGGAGAGGCUGAAGCGGCACAGGCGGGAGAUGGCCGGGAGGGUGUGGGUGCCGGACAUGUGGGGGCAGGAGAAGCUGCUCAAGGACUGGGUGGACUGCGCCGCCUUCGACCGCCCGCUCGUGCCGCCCGACCUGCUCACGGCGCGCCGGGCGCUCGUCGCCGAGUGCUGCGCGCGCCGCCCGGACCGGACGACGACGCCGCCCGGACCGGACGACGACGCCGCCCGCCAGAUCCAGCCCUCUCCGGGUGCAAAAAAGCUGCUCCUGAUUAUCGAGCUUGAUUACUAGCAGCGCUUCAAUUCGCCUCCAGCUUCACUAGCCAUAUUAGCUAGCCGCGUGCAUACGCCUUCUUUUUUUGCUCAAAUAAGAGAUAUUACCCUUCUUGUUUCCGAGUUGUGAAGGUCCUUUUUUUUUCCUGUUCUAAACUUCUAAUUCUGAUGAUAGUGUGAAUUACAUUUACUGAUUUACACAUAUAUGAGCUUUCCCUGCAUAAAGAAAGGGUUUUGUCAUGUAUAUAUGAGUUUGAUUAGAUUGUAUACCCUGCUAUCUCUAAUGAUGUGUUCCAGCUCGUCA